CAGAGGGUGCAUUUCACUUCCCCCCUCUGGCAAGGCCACUGCAGCAUGUGCCGGCGGGAUUAAUCUUUGUCCACAAUGUCUUUGCAAAGGCUUCUACAGCAGCAGAGCAGCAAUGGCAACUUGGAGUACUGUGCUGAUUCCUCAUAUGGUGCCUACUCCAUGCUCACGGGCCCACUCACGAUGGAGGACGGCAGAAGGAUCCAGAUGCUGGCAGACACUGUGGCUACUUUGCCUCGGGGAAGAAAACAGCUUGCUUUGGCCAGAUCAAGUUCUCUAGGUGAAUUUUCCUGGUCUCAAAGAAAGCUUGUUACUGUGGAAAAGCAGGACAAUGGAGCAUUUGGAUUUGAAAUACAGACCUACAGGCUCCAGAACCAGAACAUCUCCUCCUCGGAAGUAUGUACCAUGAUCUACAAAGUACAGGAAGACAGCCCCGCUCACUGUGCCGGCCUGCAAGCUGGUGACAUCCUUGCAAAUAUCAAUGGUGUGAGCACAGAAGGCUUUACCCACAAACAAGUGGUUGACCUGAUCCGAUCAUCAGGAAAUCUGCUAACGAUAGAGACUCUUAACGGAACAAUGAUUCACAGGAGAGCAGAGCUCGAAGCAAAGCUGCAGGCGUUAAAGCAAACCUUGAAGAAAAAGUGGGUGGAGCUCAGGUCUCUGCACUUACAGGAACAGCGCCUGCUGCAUGGAGAUGCGGCUCACUCCCAGAACUUGGGAAACAUGGACCUGGAUGAGUUGUCCCUGUUUGGAAACCUGCUGGGGCCAGGCCCAGUUCUCCCGGACCAGAACCGACUGCCCAGUGAGAGCAGCAGCUGCAAGAGCCGCCUGAGCUCCCUGACCAUGGACAGCGAGGAUGGCUACCGGACAAGUGUGUCUGAGGACUCUAGCCGGGGCGCCUUCAGUCGGCAGACCAGCACGGAUGACGAGUGCUUUCUCUCUAAGGACGGAGAUGAUAUUCUGAGGAAUGCGUCUUCCAGGAGAAACCGAAGCAUCAGUAUCACCAGCAGUGGCUCCUUAUCCCCAUUGUGGGAAGGCAAUUACUCAAGCAUGUUUGGGACUCUGCCCCGGAAAAGCAGACGGGGAAGUGUCCGGAAGCAAAUUUUGAAAUUCAUUCCUGGCCUUCAUCGUGCAGUGGAAGAGGAAGAGAGUCGUUUCUGAUGGGCGUGGCAGAGACCCUUUGAAUCCGCUGGGUUCACAAUUCUCUCACCACUUGCUAAGAUGAGUUCCCCCGGCUUGGUGGGGCGGUGCAGCCUGACUGCGAAGUUCACAUUCCAGUUCACAGCAGCAUUGACCUUUAUGUUCUUACAUUGUUAUUUUUGGGUCUUAUAUCAUUUUUUUUUUCAUCCAGUACAGCUCAAGUUCUAAGCGGACAUCAGGGGGAAAAAAAGCGAUAGAUUAGAUAAUAUUAUAAAUAAUAUGCCUGUUCAUUCUAAUGCUGGCCACAAAAGUACAAAAGUAUUUAUUUUACUGACUAUGCUUGUAAACAGCAGAGAACUCUUUGGAGUCAAGUGUGAACACGGAGUGACAGGAUCUAAUGAUUGGGUUGCCUUCCAUAGGUUAAUUUGGUAGACGACAAAACUUCUUGUUUGCUUAAUUUCCUCAGUAGCCUCUGGGGGCAGCCUUCACAAGAGAGAAUUUAAAUUUUUUCAAACUAUUAAAUGAUCAUAAGUAAAAAAAUAUGACAGCGAGGAAGGAGGUUAGCGUUGGAGGCAAAGAGCUGAGCUCCCUAAGAAGCAUGGAAUGGGGUGCUGAGGUGGGCGCCUGGGACCAUUACCCUGCUUUUUUUGGGGGGGGGUAAUGAUGUCUAAAUAAGAUGAAUGAAAUUUUUUUUUGGACAUUUCAAUUUUUUUUCUACCUAAACAGGGAUGCCAAAUCUAGAAAUCUCAGAAUCCUGUAGCUCUGUAAUUAUAUUUUACUGUAAAUGUCUAAACUUCUAAAAAGGAGGGUGGGAAAAGAACUUGUCUUUCCUGUUCCUCCUCAGCAUAAAUUCCACAUAGGUACUGCCUCAGUCCUUGCUUCCUCAAUAGCUAUGCCUGUAUUGUAUCCUCACAUUUCCAUCAUUUUCUAUUUUAUUUCAACAUCCAUUAAAGUCUAUGUUCUGUUGAUACAGUUGUUCAUUACCUAUAUGCCAAAGUAAACAGUCCGAACCAUGUGCUAAACACACGUUUAUUAUAAGCCCUGUGUGUGAGUGUUUUCAAUAGAACUGCUACAUUUAAAUGACUCUCAAGUUGAUCAAGAGAAAGUACUUUUGAGAAAAAGAUGAGAUAGGGAAGUUUAUAGCAUAAUAAGUAAUAAAUUAAUAAAAGAUAUCUAGGUGGGAUAUUUUGUCUAUAAAUUCUUUGAACUAAGGCAUACCCGCUAGAGGAUCUAUGUGGCAUAUUUCUCGGUCAUACCAGCAGUUCUGCCUCCCAAGUAUGGAGUAUCAGGUAGUCUAAAAAACACCUUGUAUGUGAUCCUGGAACAAGUGGAGACAAGAUACAAAAAAUAAAUCAGGGGUGUAGAGACUCUGGUCUAUUGGCUUAUCAGCAUCCUGACUGAAGCUGGAAAACAUUUCUCCUUGGAUCCAGCCAGUGCUCUUGGCAUCUUUGGAUUUCCUACACCUUUGCUGGUUCUGGUGUAGUUAUGUCAAAACAUCUGGGUCUUUCUUACCCUGGAUGUGUAUGAUAUAAGGAUUUACAGAGUCAGAAACUCAACUCUCACCAAAAAUCGACAGUGGUUCUUGAGCUGGCUCACAUGAAGCUUAAAGACUUGGACAAGUGUAGAAGUAAGCAAAGAGAAUAAAGUCUUAUUGAGGGAAGCUGGGGAAAGUGGGAAAUUAAAGGAGAAACUCUUAAAAGUGAGAGGGGGUGGAAAAAAGCCCCUUUUCAAGAGGGGAAAAGCCAUGGAAAUGUCUUGUGUAGAACUUUUUAUUUUUAUUUGCAGAAUUUGCAGCAGAAACUUGACAAGCACUGAGAUAAUUUCUAUUGAGAUUGGUCAGCUUUUUAGGUCAUCAUGGGCUGAGCUAAUGGAGGGAUAACGCUGUACAUGUCCUUCUGCCCAACCCUAAAAUGAUCAAGCCCUGCUUGUUUGCUGCCCCCUCCAUCAGGCUAAUAGAAGCCCAGUUUUGUUCAUCUCUGACUUCUAUUUGUUAGCUACUGGACUUGAUCUCUGUCUGCUAGCCAACAGUUCUCUAGUAGUUGAUAUUGUAGGUGUGUGGUCUGUUUGUUCUCACACUCCUAUGACCAGCUUGCAUUUCUGUCAUGGCUGAGGGCUAACUCAAUCACAGCUACCAGGGUGUGGUUGCAGUUGUCCUUUUUCUGCUCCUGUUUUAGCUCUUUGGUUAUGGGGUUGUCUCCUUUCUGAACUAGAUGGAAGAUUCUUGUUAGAAUAUAUCCUUACCGGCAAUUUAGUCUCUCACGGCUGAAUUAGAAGCAAGACUAUACAAAAGGGCAACUGUGCCUUGUGUGGGCUCCGCUAAUGAUGCAACCUGCCUGGGAUUGACCUGAUUUGGGAACAGGAAAUGAAGAAAUGACUGACACAUUUAGAGGAAAACUGGGUGGAGUAGGCCAUAAGCUAUGAUGGAGAUGCACCAGUAUCCAGGAAGUUCGGCAUAUUUCUUAUCCAGCUGAAUAAGGAGGUGAGUUUAUAAUAUAUAGCCAAAGAAGGUCACAGGUUAUCUAACCCUGGUAAGAUGUCUCUACAGGGCAGCAGUCUAGGGCUUGAGCUCUGACUGGAACGUUCAUACAUAGUCAACAUCUGUUUUCAGACCAGGGGCAGGCCUUGACAUUCCCGUGAGUCUGAGACACUGGGGUCGUUUGAUAUGAUUGUGCUAAUAUCAACAAUAUAGAAUCAAUCUAGAUUUAUCUACUCCCCAGGACACUGGCCAUCUGGAUCAGCAGUACUGACAUUGCAACCUAGAACCUGUCCUUUUCUCUUAUCUAGUUGUCAUGGUUUACCCAUACUCAACGGCAAGUUCUCUUCUUCAUCUUCCUUGGCACUUUUGACUUAAUUGUUUUAACUCCAACCUUCAAUUUAACCCCAGUAUCUCCCUGAUCUUCACCUUUGUGAUCACCAAGGAAUCUUCUCCAUGAGCCCCUUUCUCUUACUACCCGUCGUGAGAUGGUUCCUGCCUCAGCCCCAUUCAGGUCUCAUGAUAAUACUUUUAAUUCAUCUGCCAUAAGAUAUUAAGAUAUAAAUUAUAGACACAGCACUGAAAAAUCAUAUUUGUCUCUGGCAAGUAAGAAACAAAACACAGAGGGUGAUCCUUUCCUUAGCUUUCAUUAGCAAGUUCCCAGCUAUAGGCACCUAUCAACUAUAGUACCUACAUUCUUAGCACUAUUACACUAAUGUUUCCUUGAGGGCUGGUAAACCAGUUACCACCCAACUAGUAUAGCAUUUUUCUCAUCUUCUAGGAUUAUCAUUAAGCCGAUAUUAUAAAGAUCAGUUUAUAUGAACACAAUACCUUAAUUUUACUUCAUGAAGUAUGGGGACGAGGCAUAUAUUUAUAUGGGUCAAGAUGACUUUACAUCACCCCUAAGUGAGAGCUCAUGUCAGAGCUACUUCAGAUCAUCUCGGAGAGUAGGUCAUAGGUCAUCUGCGUCUCUUGCGACUUCAAUGCAGAAGUGCAACCCUCUGUUAGUAAAUGUCAAAGUGGGGACAGGGAAGGGGCAGGGCAAGUAUUAAGUUCAUCCGUACUGAGAUGAAUUAGCAUCAAGAGGUAGAUCUGUGCUCUUGGGCUUUGUGGGGAGGAAGCAAAGUUGGCUAACUAAGGCACAGGAAGGGAGGCUGCUGCUAUUCAAAAGCAGUUUCGUAGAAAUGGGGGGUGAGUUUCAUGCUAUGUUUCGGUCUACAUCUGGCCUGAGGAGGACGUUAGAAGAAACUUCUGUGGCACUGUGACUCAUUUGUAUGUAAUUUAUGUGGGAAACAAUUUAAAAUUAUUUUAAUCUUUUUUUUUAACUCCAAAGUUGUCAAGUAUGUAAUUUGGUGCAUCACAUUGUCAAUUUGUCACGAAAAUACUGUUUUCUAGAAUGGUGUCUGAUAAAGCAAUUCUGAGUCAAGCAAAUUCUGAACUGCAUAAUCAUGUAGCUAAAAGAAUAUUGUAUCAGGCAAGUAGGAAGUUGCUUUUUAAAAAGAUUUUGUUAUUUAUGUGCAUGAGUGUUAUACCUUCACCCAUGUAGGUGUCUGUGGGGAUCAAAAGGCAUCAGAUUUCCUUGGAACUAGAGUUGUGGGUGGUUGUUAGUCUCCUUGUAGGUGUGGGGAAUUGAAGCUGGACCUUUGCAAGACCAGCCAGUGUUUUUAACUACUGACUGAGCAAUCUCUCCAGUCCCAGAAAAUGAAAUUUUUUGAAAUAAUGAACUUUAACUCAAAACACUCCACUUUUAAUACUUCUAUAGCUUAGGUGCAAGACAUAAAUGGUAACAGAAAUAUCAGUUUGAGCCAAAGAAACUAAACUUGGAUGUAAUUUCUAUGCACUCAUCAUGAAGCAGGUUUAUGCAUGUAAGUAAAGAAGAGUAACUAAUAUAUAACUAGACUGAACCCGUUAGGUCAUAAGUACUGUUGCUUGUUGUCUACUUGCAUACAGAAUUAUGGACUACAAACUGAAAGUAUUUAUUUUUAGAAAUAAAGAAUGCUGUUCUUGGAUACGAGCAUUUUUCUUCUUCCUCCUCUUCCUUUACUAUUAGAAGUGAAAAGUGUGUUUUAAAGGAAGAUUUCAAAAUAUCUGAGUGACCACUUGAGAUUUUAAGAUGCCAUUUGUAGUCCUCUGGAUGAAUUGGCCCUAUAGGCUAUUUUGUUUCAAUGCUUGGUCCCCAGUAGGUGGAACUGUUCAGGAAGGAUUAGGGAAUGUGGUCUUGUUGAGGAGAUGUGUCAUGGGGAGUGAGAUUUUAGGUUUCCAAAGAUUCCAUCUUAUCCUGGUGUCUCUCUGUCUCAUGGUUUUAUCUCAAGAUGUGAGUUCUUAGCUACUGCUCCAUAGCCAGGCCAAUCUGUCUGCUGCUUUGUUGGUCAUAGACACUAACUCUUUGAAAUCAUAAGCCCCCAAAUAAAUGCUUUCUCUCAUAA